CCUGCGUGUCUCGCUAGUUCCUGUUUUCUUUAAACUACGAAAUGGAAUAAUGAAAGUUGUUGCAUUCAUGCUUUUUUCGAAGCUAUUAACGACACGACUGCAGUAUUUGGGCAAUCAUUAAGGUACAAGGCGACGAACACAAACAGGGUUUAUUGAAAUGUGAUUUUGUAUCAAUCAUUCUAGCUCACACAUUGGCGAUGACUGACUUGGAUAUUCCAAUCUAAGGGCACCAGUACAUCAUGACACAUCACAACUGGUUUAAUCACCAAACUUAACUGGCUGAGUUUUUUCCAAGAUUUAUUAUCACAGACUACAACAAAUAAACAAUUGAUUCCACUAAACUUUAUUGAGCUCAGAUUAUUGAGUUUUAAAGACGACACACAGAAAUAUUGAAGAAAACUCUUUAUUUUUGUAUUAUACACGCUGACAAAUUCACAAAUCGAUAUACUCACGCUCACAUGUAUACAGUGACAAACAGAUACAUCCAGAAACAUACACACACACGCAUAUAUCUUUACUGAUAACAUAUACACAUAUAGACACACACACACAACAUAUAGUAUGAAAUAAAGGAAAUAUAUUUAUUCUGUACCAAAAUCACAAGUCUACUGACUGCAAACGGACUCUGAAAUACCCCAGUUGUCAUACGUCUUACAAAUUUGCUCGGUUGACGGCGAAAAAUGGAUGAUACAUUCAGCCAUGGUUAUUGUCAAAUGAAGGACUCCCCAGUCGACCACCGGAAAGCUGAGGGGUCAUUCAGACCCCAGACGGCUAAGGAGAAAAUGAAACCACCCAGGGAUCCUUGCAGUUGUAUUUACCUUGCUCUUGUGAUGUCAGGAGCUGGAUUCCUGCUGCCGUACAACAGUUUUAUUACAGCUGUUGAUUAUUAUCAGGACCGAUUCCCCAGGACAACCAUUGAAUUUGACAUGAGCCUCACCUAUAUUGUGGUUGCUUUCUUCAGCGUAGUCGCCACAAACGUGCUUGUCGAAACGUUCAGCUUGAAACUCCGGAUUACAUUUGGUUAUAUUGUGGCAUUUACAGUGUUACUGCUCGUUACCAUCUGCGACAUUUGGCUGGAAAUGUUUUCCAAAGAAACAUCAUAUGGCAUCACCCUAAUGGCAGUUGGUAUGGUGGCUGUUGGAUCAACAAUUCAACAAUCCAGUUUCUAUGGUUACACCAGUAUGCUACCCCAUCGUUACACACAAGCUGUCAUGACAGGAGAAAGUGCAGCAGGUUUAGUCAUCUCAAGCAACCGUAUCCUCACAAAAGCCCUGCUACACAACCAGAGAACAAACACGAUCAUCUUCUUCACGAUUUCUCUGACGAUCGUCUGCCUCUGUUUCAUCCUGUUCCAUGUGGUGCGACGCAGUCAGUUUGUACGUUAUUACGUCAGCCAAUGCGAGAUGGCCGGUCUGGCAGAAGAGCAGCGAGGAAUUGCAAACCCUAAUCCAGCAUCUGGUCCCUUCACCGAGGAAGUAAGCUUAGUGGACAUAAUGGACCACACUGGUCAGCGGGGUAGUUACGGCGUUCUGGUGAUUCAGAGUCCGACAUCUGCCAGCAUUCAGCAGGAGUUCCUGACGGGAUCAGCACCAGUGACCCCUACAACACCAACCAAUCCAGAAAUAAAACCAGCCACAGCAACAGAACUGACUAAAAUCAAUGAACAAGAGGUCAAAUAUAAAGGUCACAUUUACAAAGUUCAAGUUCCGAAAAUGUCAUCGGUUAAAAGAGCCCUGUUAUUGCGGUGGGAAGCAACAAAAUGUGUUUGGCCUUAUAUGAUUUCUCUUGGAAUGGCUUAUUUUGUAACCUUGCUUCUGUUUCCCGGUGUCGAAUCCCAAAUCAUCAGCUGUCGACUCCGAAGCUGGACACCGGUCAUUCUAAUGGCUAUAUUUAAUUUAUUUGAUUUCAUUGGCAAAGUAAUUGCUGCCAUUCCUUAUGACUGGCCCCGAGGUCGUCUUAUCCUGUUUACUUGUUUUCGAAUUCUCUUGGUUCCCAUGAUGAUGAUGUGUGUCCUGCCAGUACACAAGCCAACACUAAACGGUGAGGGAUAUGCUGUCUUAGCGUCUCUCUUAUUGGGGGUCACCAAUGGAUAUUUCGGCAGUGUUCCCAUGAUCCUGGCACCAAUGAAAGUGUCCAGUGAGAAAAAGGAAAUCACAGGUAACAUCAUGAUGUUUUCCUACAGUAUCGGAAUGACUACCGGCAGCAUUGGGGCCUACAUCCUUGACUACUUCAUCGGCGCCAACUCGGUGGAGUCGAUUUGUACCGCAGCUAUCCACCCCCACCAUCCUGCCCUCACCAACAUCGCGGGACACCACAUGGCACCGUCAAUACCAGCCUCGUUGAAUGCUACAAGCAUGUUAUCAAACUUUACUAACCUCUCCGUCAACUAACAGAAGACGGGGCUCUUCGUGGCAUAAGGCACAGAUUGUGAAGCCAAACAGAACAAGGGAGAAGCUUUUUCUUAUUUAAUCAAACUUCUAUGUAUAUCUUUGGUUUAUUUACGUGUAGCAUCAAUACAGCAUGUGAGGGCGUGGGUGUGUGUGUGUGUGUGAUUGUGUGUGUGUGUGUGUGUGUGUGUUUGUGUGUGAGAGAGAGUAUGUGAACUUGUGUGUAUGUGUGUGCAUGUAUAUGUUUGUGUGUGUGUAGAGAGAGAGAGAAAGGGAAAGAGAUAUGCAUACAUAUAGAUACAUAUAUACACACAUACAUAUGCAUUAUAGGGUGUAGUUAAACAACUGAUGAAUUAGCCUGCAUUUUCAAUAAGGACUCAGUAAAUAUAGACUAUAGAAGCAGAGAAUGAAUGUAAUUUAUGUAAUUUACUUAAAUCAAUCUCCAUGAAUCUCAUUGAUUAGAAGGACGUUUUGGUUGGAUAAGUGGCUUUUAAAGAUAUUGCUUAUGAUAAAUUAUAUCUAAAUUU